AUGGCAAAGCAAGAGUUCGCUUUUACCAAGGCAGAGAGGAGGAAGGAGCAAGCGCACUCUACUGAUAGCGGGAAAUGCCCAGAGAUGCUGCUCUCCAUACUAGAGGGAAGAAGACCCUUCUCUGACUAUAAACGGGUUGUGUAUCUGUUUUGGAAGUCGUCCAGUGUUGAGGGCUACCCAUGGACUUGCGUUCCCUUCCAAAACUACCGCCUCGUGUGGACCGACCUUUCGCUGCAUGCUGCUCUGCUGGACCUGAGCGUUGGAGAGGCGGAGGAGGCUGUGAAUGACUACGACCGUUUCUUUGCGACCAGCGAGGCCGGGAAGCUCAUGGCCCGGAAGGGGGUUACGUUCCUGAUGCACACGUUGCAAGGGAAGUGGAUGGCAGCGUUCGAGGACAAGAUGGAGGCUGGCGAGCUCGAUGCGCUCCUCCAUGGCAUGCAAGUUCUCUACAUUCUUGUGUCGGUCUGGCAGAUCCAGACGAGCAACUUUGACACGGCGGAAGAGCUCCUGACCAGCUGUGCAAACCUCGUGAUGUUCUCCGUGGAGCGAUUCGGGUCUUCCGAGCCAACCAUGCGCAUGUCGAUCAUAUCGUCGAACCUCCAGGCGUACAUCUUGUGCAGGAACGGGCGAUAUGCCGAAUGUCAGUCUUUGCUGGACUCGCUGAUCUCCGAAAGCCCACAGAUCUUCACCGAGUCCUCAAGCAGCCUGCUUCUCAACAAGAGCAUAGUCUCAUUCUUAAGAAAUCGUGGGGAGGAGGCCAUGGGGUUUGCACACGAGGCGCUGAGAAAGUCGCAGAGGAGGCUGCAGGAAUCUGAAAGUUUGUUCAACGACCAUGAGCUGGGAGCGGUGAGGUCAGAUGCCUCAUUGGACAUCAAGGGAGCUCACCUGUACUCGGUCUAUGCUGAGGCCGUUGCCUGCUUCUUCAAUGCUGCCACAAUGGGUCUGCUGCAUCAGGAGAGACUGAAGGAGGAGGUACAGGAGCCUCUUUCGUCUCUUUAUCCAGUGAACGUGAAGCAGCAGCCGCAUCACCACCACCAGCAGCCGCAGCACAACCCGCAGGUCUUCAUUUUCUAUCAGAAACUCCUCAAUGCUGCGCACGAAAUUGCCCGCAAGCACCUGCCGGCUCACUACGCUCUCACUCUUCUUAUCGCAAGCUCCAAGGCCAUGUCGAGCAUUGCAGAUCAAGGCAUGUCCUCCAGUCAAGUUCAGAGAUCGCUCGAUGUUGCUGACAAAAAACGAAUCCGAACACGGCACUCCAGUCUCAAGGCAAGAGAGGCUGCUUGGAAGAUCAAUCAAAUCUAUGCUGGUGCUGUCCGCCCGCAUAGGGUUGACCCGCGAUACAACGACGUGCGAGCUGCUUCAGCUCCCGGUGUGCCUCGGUCGCGACACCUCCACACUCCAUUCAGGCAGCUUGAGGACAGCAGCUUGGAAGAAAUCCUUCCGCGCAAACAGAGCGGCUACUCUGUCCAACUACGUUCCCACCUACAUAGCAUUGAACAGAAACUGUCAACCACGUUUCCGCGGAGGUCGAAGGAGGACAGAGCAGGACUCUCUUCAUCCUCCGGCAGUCUUUUCAAGAGUGAGAGGGAGGAGACAACCUAUCUUCCAUUGCAAGCUUUCGGGGAAGAGCCAGUAACGGGAGUAGAAAGAGGAUCAAGGGCAUUGAUAGGAGAAGGAGAUGGAGGAAGGGCAGGGACAGGAGUGGGAAGAAGAGCGGAUAAACGGAGGAGUUUCCAGCGGAACGAGGUAGAGAACCCGGUGGAGGACGAGGAUUAUUUGGAGCGCUGGCUUGACAUUCUGUCUUACUCGAACCUGGAGGAGGAAGGCAAUACAAAAUUAACGCAGGAGACCAAGACGCUGUGGUUGGACCCGCUAUCUUCCCAGCAGGACGAGGCAUCAGACAGGUCAGAAAGAAGAAAGAAGGAAGGGGGGAGCAGGCGGUCGAAGGCAAAUCGUUUGCGGUCACAAGAAGAUUUCUCGUUGGCGUCCAACCGGUCAGACAUCGAGGAUCACGCGAUAAAGAUUGCACAUAGGAGAGGGCAAGAGUUCGAGGAGGAGGAAGAGGAGGAGGAGAGGAUAUGGGGAGAGUGGAUGUCUGAAAAAUCAAGCAAGUCCCCGGGCUCAAAGAAAAUCCCAAUCAAAGUUUCUCAAUCUGUCUUCGAUGUUGCCCAGGAAUCUGGAGAAACGACAGGCAAGGAGUCGAAAGGUCAUCACAAUCACAGUCAGGUCCAUGAAGAGCAUGGCAGUAACAAUCGUGUCGGACAUCAUAAGUCAGACUCUCAUACCUCAGAUCAUGAGGAUGUGCAGGAAAGAUUAACAGAGGGCAGUGUCAGUAACCCUUUGCCGCAGCCUGUCAAGGAGAGGAAACAAGUCACGGUGAAGCCAGUGAAGAACAAAGAAACCCUUCCAUCACUGGAACACCACGUCAAUGAGAGCAAACAGGCGAAACAAUUGGAGAUUAUCAAGGAAGCAGGUGAAAAUAAGGUGGAACAGGCUAAGCAUGGAUCAAACAUGUUUGACGAUUCCGAUGAAAGAUCCACACAUCAGCAGAUAUCAAAAACAAAUUCCUCCAACGUCAAACAAUCAAAAGCAAGACAGGAAGUUCAAAAAGCUUCAAUGAAAACUAAAGAUAGUAACAAGCUGCAAUCCGUCGGAAAACAACAAAGACAUCCUGAAAAUACCAGUCAGACAGUGACAAAAGCGCGAUUAAAAGCCUCAUCCAAUGAGCAAGCUAUCCAAACGAAGUCGGAGGAGCCGGCCGAUGCCGGAGCAGCCGACGAGACGGUCGCUAAGGCCGAGGGGGUCGAGGAGGCAGCGGGAGGGGCCGAGGCCGAGGCGAAGGAGGAGGGGGCGCCGCUGCCGGCUGAGCAGCAGCAUGAGGAGGAGGCGGAGCAGCCGCCGCAGCCGCAGCCGCAGCCGCAGCCGCAGCCGCAGCCGCAGGAGCAGGCGGCGGAGGAGGGGGCGGCCGGCGAGAGAGAGACGAGGCUGUCAGAGGAGGAGGCGGCGGUACGCAUCCAGGCGCGGUCGAGGGGCAUGGCAGGACGGGAGCGGGCGAGGAAGGCCAAGGAGGCCAAGGCGGCGGGGCAGGCCGCCUCCGGGGAGGAGGGCGAGGGCGAGGGCGGCAAGUCAGGAGAGGAGGCGGACGGGACGGGAGCAGGGGAGGUACAGGCCAGCAGCCCGGAGGCAGCAGCGGCAGCCGCAGGAGAAGCCGGAGCAGGAGGCGAGGGAGGCGAUGCUGCCAGGACGGAGGCAGAGGAGCCGGCCGAUGCCGGAGCAGCCGACGAGACGGUCGCCAAGGCCGAGGGGGAGGUGGCGGAGCUGCCGCCGCAGCCGCAGCCGCAGGAGCAGGCGGCGGAGGAGGGGGCGGCCGGCGAGAGAGAGACGAGGCUGUCAGAGGAGGAGGCGGCGGUACGCAUCCAGGCGCGGUCGAGGGGCAUGGCAGGACGGGAGCGGGCGAGGAAGGCCAAGGAGGCCAAGGCGGCGGGGCAGGCCGUCUCCGGGGAGGAGGGCGAGGGCGAGGGCGGCAAGUCAGGAGAGGAGGCGGACGGGACGGGAGCAGGGGAGGUACAGGCCAGCAGCCCGGAGGCAGCAGCGGCAGCCGCAGGAGAAGCCGGAGCAGGAGGCGAGGGAGGCGAUGCUGCCAGGACGGAGGCAGAGGAGCCGGCCGAUGCCGGAGCAGCCGACGAGACGGUCGCCAAGGCCGAGGGGGUCGAGGAGGCAGCGGGAGGGGCCGAGGCCGAGGCGAAGGAGGAGGGGGCGCCGCUGCCGGCUGAGCAGCAGCAUGAGGAGGAGGCGGAGCAGCCGCCGCAGCCGCAGCCGCAGGAGCAGGCGGCGGAGGAGGGGGCGGCCGGCGAGAGAGAGACGAGGCUGUCAGAGGAGGAGGCGGCGGUACGCAUCCAGGCGCGGUCGAGGGGCAUGGCAGGACGGGAGCGGGCGAGGAAGGCCAAGGAGGCCAAGGCGGCGGGGCAGGCCGUCUCCGGGGAGGAGGGCGAGGGCGAGGGCGGCAAGUCAGGAGAGGAGGCGGACGGGACGGGAGCAGGGGAGGUACAGGCCAGCAGCCCGGAGGCAGCAGCGGCAGCCGCAGGAGAAGCCGGAGCAGGAGGCGAGGGAGGCGAUGCUGCCAGGACGGAGGCAGAGGAGCCGGCCGAUGCCGGAGCAGCCGACGAGACGGUCGCCAAGGCCGAGGGGGUCGAGGAGGCAGCGGGAGGGGCCGAGGCCGAGGCGAAGGAGGAGGGGGCGCCGCUGCCGGCUGAGCAGCAGCAUGAGGAGGAGGCGGAGCAGCCGCCGCAGCCGCAGCCGCAGCCGCAGGAGCAGGCGGCGGAGCAGGCGGCGGAGGAGGGGGCGGCCGGCGAGAGAGAGACGAGGCUGUCAGAGGAGGAGGCGGCGGUACGCAUCCAGGCGCGGUCGAGGGGCAUGGCAGGACGGGAGCGGGCGAGGAAGGCCAAGGAGGCCAAGGCGGCGGGGCAGGCCGUCUCCGGGGAGGAGGGCGAGGGCGAGGGCGGCAAGUCAGGAGAGGAGGCGGACGGGACGGGAGCAGGGGAGGUACAGGCCAGCAGCCCGGAGGCAGCAGCGGCAGCCGCAGGAGAAGCCGGAGCAGGAGGCGAGGGAGGCGAUGCUGCCAGGACGGAGGCAGAGGAGCCGGCCGAUGCCGGAGCAGCCGACGAGACGGUCGCCAAGGCCGAGGGGGUCGAGGAGGCAGCGGGAGGGGCCGAGGCCGAGGCGAAGGAGGAGGGGGCGCCGCUGCCGGCUGAGCAGCAGCAUGAGGAGGAGGCGGAGCAGCCGCCGCAGCCGCAGCCGCAGCCGCAGGAGCAGGCGGCGGAGCAGGCGGCGGAGGAGGGGGCGGCCGGCGAGAGAGAGACGAGGCUGUCAGAGGAGGAGGCGGCGGUACGCAUCCAGGCGCGGUCGAGGGGCAUGGCAGGACGGGAGCGGGCGAGGAAGGCCAAGGAGGCCAAGGCGGCGGGGCAGGCCGUCUCCGGGGAGGAGGGCGAGGGCGAGGGCGGCAAGUCAGGAGAGGAGGCGGACGGGACGGGAGCAGGGGAGGUACAGGCCAGCAGCCCGGAGGCAGCAGCGGCAGCCGCAGGAGAAGCCGGAGCAGGAGGCGAGGGAGGCGAUGCUGCCAGGACGGAGGCAGAGGAGCCGGCCGAUGCCGGAGCAGCCGACGAGACGGUCGCCAAGGCCGAGGGGGUCGAGGAGGCAGCGGGAGGGGCCGAGGCCGAGGCGAAGGAGGAGGGGGCGCCGCUGCCGGCUGAGCAGCAGCAUGAGGAGGAGGCGGAGCAGCCGCCGCAGCCGCAGCCGCAGGAGCAGGCGGCGGAGGAGGGGGCGGCCGGCGAGAGAGAGACGAGGCUGUCAGAGGAGGAGGCGGCGGUACGCAUCCAGGCGCGGUCGAGGGGCAUGGCAGGACGGGAGCGGGCGAGGAAGGCCAAGGAGGCCAAGGCGGCGGGGCAGGCCGUCUCCGGGGAGGAGGGCGAGGGCGAGGGCGGCAAGUCAGGAGAGGAGGCGGACGGGACGGGAGCAGGGGAGGUACAGGCCAGCAGCCCGGAGGCAGCAGCGGCAGCCGCAGGAGAAGCCGGAGCAGGAGGCGAGGGAGGCGAUGCUGCCAGGACGGAGGCAGAGGAGCCGGCCGAUGCCGGAGCAGCCGACGAGACGCAGCAUGAGGAGGAGGCGGAGCAGCCGCCGCAGCCGCAGCCGCAGCCGCAGGAGCAGGUGGCGGAGCAGGCGGCGGAGGAGGGGGCGGCCGGCGAGAGAGAGACGAGGCUGUCAGAGGAGGAGGCGGCGGUACGCAUCCAGGCGCGGUCGAGGGGCAUGGCAGGACGGGAGCGGGCGAGGAAGGCCAAGGAGGCCAAGGCGGCGGGGCAGGCCGUCUCCGGGGAGGAGGGCGAGGGCGAGGGCGGCAAGUCAGGAGAGGAGGCGGACGGGACGGGAGCAGGGGAGGUACAGGCCAGCAGCCCGGAGGCAGCAGCGGCAGCCGCAGGAGAAGCCGGAGCAGGAGGCGAGGGAGGCGAUGCUGCCAGGACGGAGGCAGAGGAGCCGGCCGAUGCCGGAGCAGCCGACGAGACGGUCGCCAAGGCCGAGGGGGUCGAGGAGGCAGCGGGAGGGGCCGAGGCCGAGGCGAAGGAGGAGGGGGCGCCGCUGCCGGCUGAGCAGCAGCAUGAGGAGGAGGCGGAGCAGCCGCCGCAGCCGCAGCCGCAGCCGCAGCCGCAGGAGCAGGCGGCGGAGGAGGGGGCGGCCGGCGAGAGAGAGACGAGGCUGUCAGAGGAGGAGGCGGCGGUACGCAUCCAGGCGCGGUCGAGGGGCAUGGCAGGACGGGAGCGGGCGAGGAAGGCCAAGGAGGCCAAGGCGGCGGGGCAGGCCGCCUCCGGGGAGGGCGGGUGGGCUAACGAGGGAUCGGGAGAAAUCAAAUCAUCGCAAGAUGUUACAAAUCUCGAAGAGCUCAAGAAAUCCUUCCAGCUCUGCCACUCUCUUAUGUCGUCAGCUGGACCCGAGCUGGUCCGUGGGAAGUUUGUCGACCAAGGGAUAGCCACCACUCCGGCCCUCGAGUUUCUCUUUAGGGACGUCAAGGAAACCGAUUUUGACAAGCUGUUGAAACUGAAGUCAACGGAGCGGAAGGAACGCAAGAGCUACUUCCAUCAGGUCCUCAAGCAGCGUCCUUCACCUUGCCGCACUUCCCGCAGCGAGGGCUAUCAAUCUCCCAGCAGAUCGCCGCAGAAGGAUGGAGAGACGCCGGAGGAAGUGCUGCCGUUUCCUCGAUCCCUCUCAGUCAUUCUUGCUGAUCCUGCUGAAUCCUCCUCGGAGGAAGCGAACGGAGGCCAACGGGAGGGUGCGGCGAGCUCGGCUGCACCUGUCUCUGCUCCUCCCUCUCUUUCUCUCUUCUCCUCCCUCCCUUCCGUCAUCUCCUGGAAUGCGCCACUGCGCAGCCUCCAGGCAUCUGCAGCUCACCCGCCAUCCCAGGGCCCUGGGGCAGGUGGCGAGGAGACGCGAGGGAAGGGCGAGGCAGCAGCACAGGAUGCCAAACUAGACGAGCCCCAGAACCAACCCCAGCUGAAAGAUGCUGGGGUUGCCGUCGAGUCUCCAGCUCUCUGCGGUCUGCCAUCGGCCGCCACCUGGUCAGUGAGCUCUGACGCCUGCCAAGCAGCUGGGAAGGAGCUGGAGACCGUGACCCGUAUGGACCACCGCCAACUGCUUGCCGAGAUCCUCGCCGCCAUUGAGUCCCUCCAACAGAAGAAGCGACUCCCCCGUCCCAACAGCGCCGCUGGACUGCUCGAGCGGCUCAGGAAUGGGAAGCUGAAGGGGAAGGAUGCGAUCCAGUGGUACUCCAAACGACCGGCUGCUAUAGUGAAGGCCCUCCGGUCCCAGCGGGCUCAGUCUGCUGCCAUACUGCAGGCCCACGUCCGUUGCCUCCUGUCCUCUCCUACUCCGACUCGGUAG